CCCCCUCCCCGUCUAUAAACGUAGGCGCGCGCUGGGCUCCAGGAGCCCGCGGCCGGUCGCGGAGACGCGGGCAGCGUGGGAGCCGGUGGCAGGAUGUGCGACCGGAAUGGCGGGCGGCGGCUGCGGCAGUGGCUGAUCGAACAGAUCGACAGCGGCCUGUAUCCGGGGCUGAUCUGGGAAAACGAUGAGAAGACGAUGUUCCGUAUCCCCUGGAAGCACGCCGGCAAGCAGGAUUACAACCAGGAAGUGGAUGCUUCCAUCUUCAAGGCCUGGGCGGUUUUUAAAGGGAAGUUUAAAGAGGGAGACAAGGCUGAACCAGCCACGUGGAAGACGAGGUUGCGUUGUGCUUUGAACAAGAGCCCGGAUUUUGAAGAAGUGACUGACCGGUCCCAGCUGGACAUAUCUGAGCCAUAUAAAGUUUACCGCAUUGUCCCCGAGGAAGAGCAAAAAUGCAAGCUGGGCGUGGCACCCGCAGGCUGCAUGGGUGAUGUCUCAGAGAUGGAGUGUGGCCGCUCAGAGAUUGAGGAGCUGAUCAAGGAGCCCUCUGUGGAUGAAUACAUGGGCAUGACCAAAAGGAGCCCAUCCCCACCAGAGGCCUGCAGGAGCCAGAUCCUCCCCGACUGGUGGGUCCAGCAGCCCAGUGCAGGCCUGCCCCUGGUGACCGGGUAUGCCGCCUAUGACCCACACCAUUCAGCCUUUUCCCAGAUGGUGAUCAGCUUCUACUACGGGGGCAAGCUGGUGGGCCAGGCCACCACCACCUGCCUGGAAGGCUGCCGUCUAUCCCUGAGCCAGCCUGGGCUAACUAAGCUGUAUGGGCCUGACGGCCUGGAGUCUGUGUGCUUCCCGACUGCGGACACCAUUCCCAGUGAGCGGCAGAGGCAGGUGACCCGGAAGCUGUUUGGGCACCUGGAGCGCGGCGUGCUCUUGCACAGCAACCGCAAGGGCGUGUUCGUGAAGCGGCUGUGCCAGGGCCGCGUGUUCUGCAGCGGCAACGCGGUGGUGUGCAAGGGCAGGCCCAACAAGCUGGAGCGAGACGAGGUGGUGCAGGUCUUUGACACCAACCAGUUCAUCCGAGAGCUGCAGCAGUUCUAUGCCACCCAGAGCCGCCUACCUGACAGCAGGGUGGUUCUGUGCUUCGGAGAGGAGUUUCCGGACACAGCGCCCUUGCGCUCCAAACUCAUUCUGGUGCAGGUGGAGCAGCUGUAUGCCAGGCAACUGGCGGAGGAAGCGGGCAAGAGCUGUGGUGCUGGCUCACUGAUGCCAGCCCUGGAGGAGCCCCAGCCGGACCAGGCCUUCCGGAUGUUUCCAGAUAUCUGUACCUCACACCAGAGACCCUUUUUCAGAGAAAAUCAACAGAUCACUGUCUAAGCCUCAGUCCGAGCACCCCACCUCGCCUGAGCUCAAGCUUCACGAUUCUGUGACUAAGAGAAUUCUGAAAGGAUGUAGGCCCCUCUGCCUGGGGUAGGCAGGUGUCCUCCGAUGGGAAGCCAACAGAUGGACACACUCCCACUCAAGCAGGUGUCAGAAGCUUGCAGGGCUGUGGUCAGAACCUGUGAUUAAAGCAUUCCUUUUCUGUGUCCUCCCCCCCCUCCCACCAUUAAUGGCUGGCCUUCUUUCUGCCUGCUGAGGUCUUUGUCAUGGUGACAGUUCAAAUCAUCCUGUGGCAGCAGAUGCACCUUCUGUGGCUGAGGGUAGAGAUUUAUCACUUUCUCUGCUUGAUUGUAGAUGAAGUGUCUUUACUGUUCGGGCUUUUUGUUUUUGUUUUUGGCCAGAAGUCUGAAAAAUAAGUUGACAAUAUAUUUUUUUUCCCCAAAUGAGUUUCACUUUAAAAUGGUACUUCUAUUCUCACAGGCUCAACUGUCAAUCACUUUAGACCUUUCCUGUAAAGUGGGGCAGAUUAUAAAUAUGGGUGUAGGUACUGCUUGCGGGCUUCGCAGAAGUUUGAUCGUGGUUCAUUGAUCCCCAUGACUCUGUGUCAGUUGACAGGGCUGUGUGGGACAUCGUAGGACCAGACACUGUGGAGAGGACCUGUUCACUGGCGUCUCACCUGUCCCUUGUCUGGCUCCACACUUACCCAGUCCUAAGACCCAGUGAAAAGCCGUGUCCAAACUGUGCUCUGGGCUCAGAAGUGGGCAGCCACAGUGACAGGCCACGCCUUACAACCUGAAAGCUAAGGAACACAGGUGACCUUUGUGGCUACUGUGUGAAGGUGAUGGGGUGGGGCCUGCUCAACAGACAGGGUCACCAGAGCGUGUGACUCCUACAAACAGAAUCCUGGAGCCUGCUUCUUCCCCUCAGCCAAAGCAGGAGCAUCUCUUCCCAAGCCAGGACAACCUGUUCGCUGGCCUCUUGUCACAUGCCACUUCCGCCUGUCUCAAGGAGUGCUAGUGCCCAAAUCUGUAAUCUAAAUAUUUAUUUUUGUAUCCACUUAAGAAAUAUCUCAUCCUUUAUUAAAAUAAGUGGCUCUUUCAUAAAAGUAA